GCCUCUCGACGCAGCCCAUCUGGCGCAAGCUGUGGGAUGAUGUGAUGAAAACCAGGCCGCCCAACUCGGAGAAUAUAACCUGUUGGAGGAAGAAGUUCCUUGAAACAUUCUUCUCGAAUGUUCUUCACGGUGUCCUGGAUGUCUCCUCUGACUGGCGUCUCCACCACCAUCACUUCUCGCCGCUGCUCCACAGCUCCCCACACGUUUCCCAGCUUACCCUCUGCAACAUGCUGCAGGGUGCAGUGGAGCUCAGUGCUGAGCGCAACCAGAAGGUGCUUGAAAACCUGGCUGGCUCCCUGCAGAUCCUGAAGUUCCAGCACCUCCUCUCCUCUGACCAGUCCAUCAGGCGUUCACUGGUUUUACUUCUUCACCGGCUGAUUCACCAUGGCUCUGUCAGCCAAGUGUCCAUGUAUUCCUGGCCUGUUCCUGACACAGUUCUUCUCGUUCUCAUUUUGAGCAUGAGUGCUGGGUUCUGGCGCUCAGGCAAUGCCCUCACGUAUCACAGCAGCCCAUGUGGCCUUUGCAGAGAGGAGGACAAAGCCCAAAGCCAGGAGUUGGCACAAGAACAAGCAGAGAGGGGUUGCUAUGAGAGGGAGCGGAGCAGUGAUGAGAUCCAGAAGGGAUUACCCAGGGCCCCCAAGGAGGCUGACAUGGAGGUGAAUGGAUGUGGGGCUGACGCUCAUCUGAACUCUGUUCUCUCUGGACAGAGAAGUUCUCCUCUGCGAAACCAAGUGUGUGAGGAGGCAAGCAGCAAGGUGCCCUGUGACCACACCAGCGUUCAGGGAGGAUCUUCUUGUUGUGUCUCAGACCAGCUGUCCUGUCACCGUGUUCUUCGAAAGACACACAGACGACUAAAAUCUGCCAUGGGGAAGAAACGUCGCUGCCUCAGACGGAGCAGGGGACCACAUGCUGACCAAGACGACCUGUAUGAUUUUGUUUUUACUGUUGCUAGAGAGGAUAAUUCAGGGUUACUCAAUAAAAACAGUGCCACAGAGGGAGGAAACACCGAGAACUGGACUAGUUCCUCCCCAGGAUCUCCGUGCACUGGCCAUGCUGGCUGUAAGAAAAGAGGAUCUGCUGGGAUCUUUUCUCUGAAAGCUGCUCAGCGCUUCCGAAGCGUGUCCACACUGGAAUUGUUCUCCAUUCCUUUGACUGGGGAGACAUGUCGGACUCUGAGUAACCUGCUGAGCUCCUGGGUGUCUUUAGAAAACUUGGUUCUGUCUUAUAACGGCCUGGGUGCUAACAUCUCCUGCAUCCUCUCGGCACUCCGGGCCCUGUCCCGCCACUCAGACUGCCACCUCCGCGUGCUGCGCGUGAGCGACGUCUUCUCCCACAUGCCUUGCAUGGAACUUGUUCGGUGCAUCCUGAGUGCCUUUCCCCAGCUCCACACGCUCUCAGUCAGCUUCGACCUCAAAAACCAGCUGGAAGGGAACAGGCCAGAGGGAAAUCCAAGCUGCAGUGAGGUAGAAAUCCCAGGUAGGAAUCAAAGUUCUGAGUGCUGCCUGGAGCAGCUGGAGAUCCGAUUCCCCAGGGAACCUCUGCACACCGUGUUCCUGCUGCCAGUGCUCAAGGCAUCAAAGUCCCUCCAGCAGUUGUCCCUUGACAGUGCUACGCUGCCCUCUUCUCAGGAGCUUGGGCUCCUUUUGGAGGCUCUCAAAGAAUGUAAUCCAAAUUUGAAGAAACUGAGCUUUCAUGACGUGAACCUGGCUGAGCACCAGAAAGAAGUUCUGCUUUUGCUUCAGGAUCCCAUCCUGCAAGAAAUCACAUUUUCCUUCUGCCGGCUGUUUGAAAGCUCUACUACUGAGUUCUUGUCAGAAAUAAUUAAUACAGUGAAAAGAAAUUCAGCUUUGAAGAGUCUCAGACUGCCUGGGAAUCGCCUUGGGAAUCACAGGCUGGUUGCCCUUGCAGACAUUUUCUCUGAAGAUUCCUCCUCUUCUCUUCGCCAGCUGGAUGUCAGCUCAAAUUGCAUCAAACCUGAUGGGCUCCUGGAGUUCACACAGAAGCUAGAAGGCUACAUUCAGCAGAGAGGGGGACAGAUUCAAUUCACACACCUCCGCCUCUUCCAAAAUUGGCUGGACCAGGAUGCUGAAACAGCUCAAGAAGCACUUCGGCGCCUCAAAGCUGUGUGCAGCGUGGUCAACGACUCAUGGGACUCCUCCCAGGCCUUUGCUGACUACAUCAGUGUCAUGUGA